AAUAGUAAAUGUCCCAUAGUAUUACCAUCCAGGAGUAAUGUUACUCAACUUAUUUUUAAGCAUGAACAUAAUAGAUUGCUCCAUAUAGGCCCUCAAGGUCUUCUAGCUAAUAUACAUCUACGGUACUGGCCGCUCCGCGGACGGUUAAUCGCGAAGAAAACAGUAAGGAAUUGUAUUACCUGUUUCCGUUCAAGUCCUAAAUUCAUCACUCCAUUUAUGGCACCCCUUCCGCGGGAGCGAGUAAACAUUGAACGGCCAUUUGCUCGAACAGGCGUAGACUUCUGUGGCCCUAUUCUCAUUCGCAGUGGCAUCAGGCGAGUUGUAAGCGUCAAGUGUUAUAUAGCUGUCUUCGUAUGUUUCGUCACUCGUGCUGUGCAUUUAGAGUUGGUUAAUGGUCUCACAUCCGACGCAUUCUUAGCUGCCCUGACUAGGUUCAUGGCACGCAGAGGACACUGCAGUCACAUUUACAGUGAUAAUGGUACUAAUUUUGUAGGGUCCAACAAGGUGUUAUAUUCAUACUUCAAAAAGACUAAAGGGCAACGUACAGUUGAAGAAGAGCUGUCACAUCACCAUGUUCAGUGGCAUUUUAUACCGCCCUCAGCACCCCACUUUGGUGGUUUGUGGGAGGCUGCUGUCAAGUCGACAAAAAAACAUUUGUUAAAAAUUAACACUAUGGGUCUUCUUACCUUUGAGGAAAUGAGCACCAUGUUAUGUAGAGUAGAAGCUGUGCUAAACUCGCGCCCUAUAUCACCCAUGUCUGAUGAUCCAUCAGAUUUUACUGCAUUGACCCCCGGUCACUUUCUGGUAGGAGGUGUUCUUACAUUACCUGCUGAACCUGACGGUACAGGCAUACCAUUGAAUCGCCUAAAGCGAUUAGAACUUGUAAGGGUACAAGCUCAGACAUUUUGGAAGCGUUGGAGUUCUGAAUACUUACCACAACUCCAUAAGAGAGGUUGCUGGCUGUCCAAAAAGGACAACAUUGAAGUCGGAUCCCUUGCAAUCUUAAAGGAGGACAAUUUGCCACCAAUGAAAUGGAUUAUGGUCAGAGUCACUCAAGUUCAUCCUGGGUCAGAUGGAAUGGUGCGUGUUGUAACUGUACGUAACUCAGCGGGAAGAGAAUUUCAGCGUCCAACUGCUAAGCUUGCUGUUCUACCCCACGCUAAGGAUGAAGAGGAGCCAGUCUAAUCAACUCAAAUUACCUAUCUUGUACGAUUAUGAUUUUACUAAUUCGAGUAGUUAAUCAUGUCAAAUUAUUGAAUCUCAUGUAUCCUUAAGACUGAGUAGUAACUGUAUAUAUUUAGCUUUGUAUUAUUUUAUUAGUAGCCAGCCCCUUUUGUUAUUAUAGUAUUUGUAUUUAAUGUAUUGUGUUUGUUGAAAGCCCUGCAUCCUUUCAAGGGGGGGAGAAUGUUCGUGCCAAUAUGGCCCUCGUUUUUAUAUGUGGUUAUUAUCAAUGUUUUGUAUCGAUCUUAUCGCGUGUAUUGCGGCGCGGUCGAUGAUAGCAACAGCUGUUAUGGGCUGACCGUCCAGUGCGCGCGAAGGAUCGUUAUUUUCCGUGAUAAGUGUAAAAGUGAUAAGUGUCUUCUAUAAAAUUUGUUAUGUAAAUUGUACUUGUGAGUUGUGAACAGUGUAAAUCAUGCUUUCAGUGUCACAAAGGUUCUUAAAGUUUGGUUGUGUAUUUUGUUGUGGUGACACUGAAAGGUAAUCGGGUUGACCGGCUAACGGAGCCUUCGUGUAACGUUUGUCGGCCACCCUUUUUCUUCUCGUUUGGUUGGUUGGUGUGAAAGCACCUAUGUACCUUUUUCUUGUUCCUGCUGCAGCUGUCAAACCACGUUUUUUCUUGUGUGUGUUUGUGAAUUCUUCUGUCUGUUUAGGGCGGUCAUUGAUUACCAGCAGAAGAUUUGAGUUUUGUGGUUGUCGAGUUGUGUGUCCGCUGUAGCAGCUUGUAUUGUGAUUUGUUCGUCGUGUUGAGGUUAGCGGCGUUCUUGGGCGUGUGCGGGAUCAACCCUGUGUUUUAUUAUUGUAUUAAAGUUGAUUAUACGGAUCCCGGCACCUCAAGGCGACAUAACCUCAAGGGUAUGUGGUGCACCAUUAAAUUAUUAUUGUAGACCGACGGGUCUUGGUUUAGUUACCUAUUAUUAUUAUUAUUAUUACCAGCAACUUGACUGUGAUUGUAACUAUUGUUAAUUAUUAUAAAUUAUUAUUAAUGUAUUUGGACCAAAUGGUCACAUAUUUUAUUAUAACACGUUGAUGCAUAUGUCUACCAACAAUAUUAUUAUUACUAUUAAUAUACUUUAACCAAAAACAGUUGUCUCUUAUAUUUUAGUACAUUGGGACGGUUGCAUCAAGUUGCAAUCCUCCCGGCCGUUAAGGCUCAUUAAUUUAUUUAACUAUUAAAGCUGAAGGCGAGCCAGCAGUGGUUGAAUCAGAUUCUUCAGAUAAUUACAGUACUGAAAACAGUGUAAGACGGACCAAAUCAAUAGAAUGAUCGAUCUUGUGAAGAACAAAUCGUUGAUCUGCUUGAAGAAAAUCUAGAUAGUAAUGCCACUGAUAAAGAUUAUGAAAAGACUGAAGAUAUAUUGACUGAUAUUCAAUCCUGUCAAAGUCUUGGCGAUUCUUCAAUAUUAACUGGUGUACGCUGUGUUGCUCAUAUGCUACAAUUGGCUGUGAUUGACAGCCUCAAAGAUACUGGCAUUGAGAAAUUGCUCAACAAAGUCCGUAUUUUGGUGAGGGAACUUCGGAAUUAAACCUACAUUUAUUUAAUUAAAAAAGAAAAUUUUAAGUGCCCUAUUCUUGACUGUCUCACAUGUUGGCAUUCAACCUUUGACAUGUUAAAGAGUAUGAAACAUUUGAAAGAAUUCAUUCAAAACAAGGCAAACAACAAUUCAGUAUUAAAAAAAGUAUGUUUGAAUAAUACGGAAUGGAAACAAAUUGACAUUAUUUCCCAAGCACUUUUACCGACGAAAAUAUAUACAAAAAAAUUUCAGAAUGAGCAAUUAACAAUGACAGAUUUUUAUGGAUCUUGGAUUUUAUGUAAAAUUGAAACUGAAUAACUAAAUAGUUCAUUUUCCAAAGUUAUACUACAGUGUUUAAAAAACAGAGAGAAAAAUAUUAUGAAAAAAUAAAGUUUUAUUAUCAGCAAUAUUUCUAGAUCCUCGUUAUAAAAUAAUACUUACCGAUGAUCAAUGCAAAGAUGCAAUUAACCAUUUGAUUGCAAUUUGGCUCCAUUUAAAAAAAAUAGAUGAAAAAAGUAUUGAUUUAACAAGUAUAAAUACAGUAAAUCAAGAAGCUGAUGAUGUUAUGAUGAUGAUGUUAUGGAUGGGCUUGAGAAUGUCCUUAAAGGAAAAGAAGUAAAUGUUGAAGAUUCAAACUCAUCCAACAGUUCUCAAAUAUCAGUGCACACUAAAAUUGAAACAAUUCUGAAAACUUAUUAUAUCAAUCAAAUCAGAUUGAAUCACAAAAUAAAUAUUUUAAAGUUUUGGAAAUCAAUGGAUA